AGGCUGAAGGCUGCGGUUCACUACACUGUUGGCUGCCUGUGUCAGGAGGUUGCAGAAGACAAAGACGUGCAAUUCAGCAAACAAACCAUUGCAGCUAUUUCAGAGAUCACCUUCAGGCAGUGUGAGAACUUUGCAAAAGACCUUGAAGUGUUUGCAAGGCACGCAAAGCGGAGCACAGUCACUAUAGAAGAUGUGAAGCUUUUGGCUAGAAGGAGCAGUUCUUUGCUCAAUUAUAUCACUGAGAAGAGCGAAGAGCUCGCAUUAAGUAACAUGGAGCAAAAGGAAAAGAAGAAAAAGAAGUCCAGUGCAGUCAAGGAAGAGAGAACUUCAGGGGAACAUGAAGCAGCUGUGACUGAAAGUGAAGAUUCCAACAUGGCAUGA